AUGCCUUCUAUACUCAUCACCGGUGCUGGCGGCUACGUCGGUCAAGAACUCGCAGCAGAAUUACUACGCACCUCCUCCUCAGAUACCACAGUCAUUAUCGCCGAUGUGCAAGAACCACCAGUACCCGCAUCAGCAUCCGAGCAUGCCUCUCGCCUCAAAACCGUAGCCGCAGACUUGACCUCCCCCAAGGUCGUCGACGAGCUAAUCAACCCUUCCACUCCUUACGAAUCCGUCUUCCUGCUCCAUGGCAUCAUGUCCAGCGGCUCCGAAGCAAACUUUGAUUUGGGCAUCAAAGUCAAUCUCGACUCAAACCGGUACAUCCUCGAUCGUCUCAAGGAUACCAUGCCGGGAGUCAAGGUCAUUUUCACAUCUUCGCUUGCCGUCUACGGUCCUACCAAGGCCGGGUUUGUGAUUAGCGAAAACAAUCUGCCUCCCGUGCCGUUGUCGUCGUACGGAUCGCAGAAACUCAUGAUUGAGAUUCUGUUGAAUGAUUACUCCCGUCGAGGGUUUUUGGAUGGUCGGGCAGUCCGUUUACCCACCGUCACUGUUCGAGCGGGAAAGCCAACGCAAGCUGCGAGCAGUUUUGUGAGUGACAUUAUCCGAGAGCCGUUCCAUGGGAAGAAAGCCAUCUUGCCCGUCGCAAAGGACACACCUGUUUGGAUCUGUUCGCCAUACACCAUUAUUAAGAAUAUAUUGCAUGCUCGCGAUGUUCCAAAGGAAGCGUUUGGGGAUUCGCGUUCUGUCAAUUUGCCUGGUCUGCUGGUUACUGUGCAGGAGAUGCUGGAUGCAUUGGAGCAGAUUGGUGGGCCGGAGAAGAGGGCUUUGGUCGAGGAGAAGUAUGAUGCGGAUGUGGACAGGAUUGUGCAGAGUUGGUCGCCGUUAUUUGAUAAUGCACGUGCUAGGCAGUUGGGCUUUGUGGAUGAUAUCUCGAUGAUUGAGAAUAUCAAGAGGUUUGCGAGCUCGUUGUAUGCUUAG